AUGUCGGAACGAUUGACCUCUGAUAUGUCAUAUUGGCUCAGAUUUGUAUCGGACUCGAAUCUCUCAGUAAACAAUAGUAUUAUAUUGAAAUAUAGUAUGGCAUUAGCUGAUUGUUAUUCAACAAUUGAAGAACUUUUGGCAAGCGAUGAGAAUGAAUUAAACGAAUUAGGAAUUACUAAUCCAGCUGAUCGUAGUCGUUUGAUUAAACAAGCUCAUCUUUUAACUGAUAAAACAAAUGAACAAUCGGUAGUAAAAAGACGAUCAACGCUCGCUAAUCGUAUUAUUGAAAAUUGGCUUGGCGAUAGUCAAACGACACGGUUGAAUUCAAGUGUAUUAUCAAAAUCGUCCUGUAAUUUAUCACCAGCAAUGCUUUCUCGUAUUUCACUCAACGAUCGUCCUACGUCAGUAAUUUAUCCCUAUGAAGAACCAACAAGUGAAAUACGAAAACGUAAUUUUGGUCAUCUUCUGGAACCCGAAGAAAAAGUAAUCACUGUCGAUGAUAAUGGCAAAAUUCAAACUAGACCUGCUUCAUCGUUAUCAUCAUCACCACUCGAUUAUCAAGGUGUACUAAAAAAAGUGCCAUCGACAUCAGUUCAUGGACUACGAACAAUAAAAUCUCUUUCUGACACGAUAUCGUUACAAAAAAAAGUUGUUGGUACCGAUCGACUAAAACGACUUGAUUCUUCAACAUCAUUAUUUCAACGGCAAACAUCAUUGAUAAGUAAAAAAGUGACAAAUUUAGCAAAUAAACUUGUUAAUCCAUUCGUAAUAAUGAAAAAGAAAAUCGAACCGUCAACAUCAGUUGAUAGUGCAAUUGAUUUACGUACGAAUAUGAAACGACAAGUUUCUAUUAUUGAAAAUAAUAAUGAUAUGACAAUUACAUCACAACGAACUGUGACAAUUACUCCACUCAAACGAACACGAGAAGAAGAAGAUAAUGAACCAAAAGAGCGUCGAAAAGUACAACUCUUAAGUGUUAAUAAUGAAAUUCGACGACCAACAUCAGGUCUUUUCGCUUAUGAUGAAGAAGAAUCAAAACGUAGUGUGAUGCCUGUUCAAACAUUGGGUAGCAAACGCUUUAAACUUGGCGCUACAACAUCAUUUCUAACUCGUUCCCUUGCUAAUCAUGGUUUAAUAGAAUGA